AUGACGCUUCAUCGAGCUCAAAUUCCCGACAUGCCGUCGCAGCGGCAGCAGGAGCAGCAGACUGCCGUCAACGCCACCGAGAUUCCGGCCACCUCCGUCAAGCCGUGGAAGCUACCGGCUCAGACGACCUACGUAUUCAAGAACGCCAGCAUCGUCGACACGGCGAACGGGACCAUCAUCGAGAAGCAGACGGUCACGCUGUCGGAGGGACUCGUGGAGUCGAUCGUCGACGACGAGGCUGUCCCCACGUCCACUCCCCAUGUCGUCGUCGACCUGAUGGGCAAGUAUCUCUGCCCCGGCCUCAUCGACUGCCAUGUGCAUCUCAGCGCUGUCGCGGGCAGCGACAACCUGCCGGCCGUUUUCGGCCUCGACCCGACCGUCUCCCAAUUUCGACAGCCCUUUCUCUGCAAGCAGAUGCUCGCCAGAGGCUUCACCACCGUCCGCGACACGGGCGGCGCGACGCUCGCGCUCAAGGAAGCCAUCGACGACGACGUCUUUGCCGGCCCACGCCUCUUCAUCUCCAACAAGGCACUCUCCCAGACGGGCGGGCACGGGGAUGCGCGAGGACCCCAUCAAGGGCACGGCCACUGCUGCGGCGCCGAGACGGUGCUGACCAAGGUCAUGGACGGCGUGCCUGCAUGCCUCCGUGUGACGCGGGAGCAGAUGCGCACGGGCGCCGACUUCAUCAAGAUCAUGGUCGGCGGCGGCGUCGCUUCGCCGACAGACAAGCUCGAGAACACGCAAUUCACGACCGACGAGAUCCGCGCCAUCUGCGAGGUGGCCGACUCGUACGGUACCUACGUCACCGCCCACGCCUACACGCCCAAGGCGAUCCGCCACGCCGUCGACAACGGCGUCCGCUGCAUCGAGCAUGGAAACUUGAUGGACGAGCACACGGCCCGCUACAUGGCCGAACGGGGUGUCUGGCUGGUGCCGACCCUCGCCACCUACCACGCCCUGAGCGAGGAAAAGUACUCGGCCUUCCUGCCGGCCGUCAACCGGGCCAAGAACGGCGAGGUGCUGGCCAGGGGCCUCGAGUCCCUGCGCAUCGCCUCGGCCGCCGGCGUGCGCAUCUGCUACGGCUCCGACCUGCUGGGGCCGCUGCACGAGGAGCAGAACCGGGAGUUUAGCAUUCGGUCCCAAGUCAUGAGCAGCCCCGAGGUGCUGCGAAGCGCGACCGUGACGGCUGCGAAGCUGCUGAAGCAGGACGCCUUUCUUGGCCAGAUCAAGAAGGGCUUUGCCGCCGACUUGCUCGUGCUGAACGCGAACCCGCUCGAGGACGUCUCGCUUCUGGCCCGGCCCGAGGAGAACGUACUGGCGGUUAUGAAGAACGGCCGUGUGUACACGAGUCGGUGGACGAAGCUGCCCGAAGACGUGAGCACGCCGACGGCGCCCAUUGAGUGA